AUUUAUCCUAGGUAAAUUAAAAAAAUAUUCUAAUCCGCGUGCCGCGAAGAAGUUAUCUCGUCGAAUAUAGUUAGUAGUAUACCUUUGUUUAAAUUACAUCACCCUGUAUUUAUAAACAAUUGCAAAAUAAAAACAAUAAUUAUUGUCACCUCACUCUCAUAAGCUAGUCUGCGUGCGAGAGAGACUGGCAGACAUUUCAUGAUGCGUAUGCAGUAUGACGUCACGCCGCGCGCGUCUUCACAGACACUACACAAUAUGUGCAAUGUGUAAAUGUAUUUACGUUCCAGCUCACUUCCAGCUCAUCUUAAUCGGCCAAUACUCCUUAGAUUAUGUCACGGUUAUAAUGUCUAGUGCAAGAAGGUCUAGUGCACGGUCUAGUGUCACCUCGGAAGCACAGAGCAAGUAACGUACUAGUGUUCUGUGGCAACUGGCAAGUAAUAUAGCUCGGAAAUGUCACUGUGUUAACGCAACGUCACUUAUGACAACUGACAAGUGACAAGUUUCCAUUUUCAGAAAUUAGAAAAUUUAGAAUCAAAAUAAAUAGGUAGUCAGAACUUUUUUGCAAAUAAUUAAUAUUUUACUAAGUACUCAGUAACUCAUUAAAUUUUAUCUCGUACAAUAAACUUGACAAAUGUUUAUUUUACCUGAAUAAAGCUGUUGAAGUUGUCGUUAGAAAAGGGGGUGUGCAAAGACUGUACUUAACAUGAAAUUAGAGGAGGGUGUCACAGUCGUCGGAAGUGUCGCGGUGGUAAGCGGCGGAAAGCAACAGCGGCUAGUGGUGGAGAGUGGAGGAACGUUGGCUCUCCACGAAGGAACAACUCGCCUGCGCUCCUGGCCACUAAACAUCGCCCGAUUGCGCACGGAUUUGCCGAAUGGUGAAAUUAGUAUUGAAAUGGGAGGUGAGACUGUAAAGUGGACAUGUGCCGAUGAAGCGACUAAAACUGAGCUAGCGCGCGCUGCAGUUGCAGUGACAGCGUCGGUUGCACCACAUUCUUUGUCGGAAGCAGAGUUGGGGGCUCUGUUGGAGGAUACAGAACUAGAUGAGGCAGACGCAGAGAGACGUGUGCAGAGGCUGGGAGAGAAGCUGGCACGCCUCGAUGCCUUGAAUGUGGGUGGAAUGCUCGCUGCCGCUACAGAGGGUGGCGGGGCAAGACUCGCUACACGUCUUGAAGAGGGCGCGGCUUGUGGCGCGCUGCUGGCGGCGCGCGCGGCGCGGCUGGAGGCGCUGACGCGCGCGGCGGGCGGGGCGCUGCACGCGCGCUCGGGCGCCGCGCGGGCCGACGCCGCCGCGCGCGCGCUGCUGGCCGAGCUCGCCGACAUCUACGCCUGGCUCGACGCGCCCGCGCUCGCGCACCUCGACCACUUGCCGGAGAUUUCGCUCGCGACCCCAGAAGGUAGAUCGCGUGCGCUAGCGGCCGCGGAAGCGCUGCGCAACGCGCUGCGGGCCGAGCGCACGGCACCGGCCGCACGUCUGCGCCUCACGGCGGUGCGCGAGCGACUGCGGCGCCUGGCGCGCGCGCGCGACCAGCUGGCGGCGGCGCUGGCCCGCCACCUCAACAACGCGCUCAUCCACCUGGCCAACGAGGCGCAGGCCCCGCCCGCCGGCCCCGUGGCCCCGCCCCCGCCCCCGCCCGCCGGCCCCCCCGCGCCCGCCGCCCCGCGCCGCCACCACGCGGAGCUGCAGCCCUACGUGCCCUUCAUGCGCUGGCUCAAGGAUAUGGACGAAAAGGCGUACGACGCGCUCGUUAAGGUGUACGUUGGCACGUGGAGCAAGGUGUACGAGCGCGAGGUGGGGGCGGCCACUACGGGCGAGCGCCCUCUAGCGGAUGUCUUAACACUGGUUGAGAUAAUCUGCAAUGCUGAACAAGAUUUCUGUACUCAAUUUUUCUCACUGGAUGUCGAUACCAAGGUAGGAUUCGCUAUUAAUGGCGACGGCAGCGACGGGGAGGGCGCGGGCGGGGCGGGCGAGGGGCGGCGCAUGUCGGGCGCCACGCGGCGGCUGAUGGGCGAGCUGUUCCCGGCGCUCGACGCGCAGCUCGGCGCGCUGCUCGCCGCCGCCGAGCGGGACGACCCCUACGGCGCGAUGCGUGCACUGGCGUGCGUGAGCAAACGCGUGUUGGGCGAGUCUCGCGAGGGCGGCGAGGCGGAGGGCGCGGGCGGGGGCGCGGGCGGGGGCGCCGGCGGGGGCGCGGGGGCGCUGGGCGCGGGCGAGGGGCGCUGGGCGCGGCUGGCGUUGGCGGGCGUGGCGGUGGCGGCCAAGCGCGGCGCCGACCGCGCGGUGGCCGAGCGCCUCGCCGCCCUGCCCGACGCCGUCAAACAGGCCGCCCGCAAGCCGAAGUGCGGCAUCUUCAGCUUCAUCCCCGAGCUGGAGGAGAUGAGCUCGGUGUGCGAGGCGAUAUUCGCGGGCGGCCGGCGCGCAGACCUCGACCGCUGGUACCUGUCGCUGUGCACGGGCAUGGUGCGCACGAUCGCGCUGGCGACGCACCCGCGCACGCCGCGCGCCGUGCUGCAGCUGGAGAACUUCCACCGGCUGCACGGCGCCGUGAGCGCGCUGCGCGUGGGGGCGCUGGACGCGCUGCGCCGCGACGCCCGCGCGCGCUACGCCGCCGCGCUCAAACACUACGUCACGCACUACUUCGGCCGCCCGCUCGACAAGAUCACGCAGUUCUUCGAGGGCGUGUCGGAGGCGGUGGCUGCGGGCGCGCGCGAGGAGGAGGUGUGCUACCGCGCCGCCUUCAGCAAGCACGCGCUGCGCAAGCUGCUCGCGCUCUACCCCGCGCACGAGGUGCGCAGGUCGCUGCACCGCCUGUACCGCACGGUGGAGAAGCACCUGAGCGAGGAGGGCGGCCUGCUGCAGGUCGUGUGGCGCGCCAUGCAGGAGGAGUUCAUCGCGCAGCACGUGGCGCUGCAGGCGCGCAUAGCGGCGUGCUACCCGGGCGCGGGGCUGGCGCUGCCGCUCAGCACGCAGGACAUCCUCGACGCCUUCUCCGACAUCGCGCAGGAACACUAACCGCACACCAUACACACCAUACACUUCACACUACAUUACACAGUAUACUGCACUAAACUGUCCGUUAUACACUUAAGAAGCUACAUAGAAAUAGUGACCACACUUUUGCUUGCACGAGGACCGAUAAUAAUCAUUCCUUUUCCUUUCCAAAAAGUUAAAUAUUUUCACGUGAGAUCCUUUAUUAAAAUUAUAUGAUGAUCCAUAACUUGUAAUGAAUUGUACAUCAUAGCAUCACAAAAUGUAAAAAAAUAUAAUUCGAAUAAAGAACUAAUAAUAUUGUAUUUAUUUAUUAGUUUAAUUACAUGUCUGUUGACAUUCAUAAUAUUUCACAAUGCAUAGAGAACAAGGUCUCUCUCUUAACUACUAGUAUUAUGUAUAUUGGAAAGACAAAAGUAAAAAAUAUGACUGAUCAUGCUUGUAAUAGGUAAUUUCAUAUAGUUCUUGUUUAAGAUAUAAGAAUAUUAAAUUAUUUUUAUUAUAAAUACUGUUUAUAAAGACGUAUGUAUACAAUAUUAUGUUUGUAAAUAAAACACAUUUUUAAA